CAGGUGCGAGGGAGGGAAAAGAAGAAAGCAGGCGGUCAGGGGGGCGGUUACCACCCCUGCCCGACUAGCCCAGCACAUUGCAGGGGGCCCCCGUGUGGAGCCGGGAAGGAUCCGCGAUUUAGCUGCGUGAAGUGAAGAAUCCAGCAUUGUACUGUGAAGUCAGUGGCCAGGAACCACCAAUUUGGGGCAUCAGCUUUUGACCUUUGCUCAUGAAGAUCUCAGAGGUACAAUACAGUUCAGCAAACAUUGGUUGAAUGCCCCCUAUGAGCAAGACAUUAGGUUUGAGUAGAAUACGAGCCUGACCUGGAUGCUUCAGGAUGAAACGCCAUAAGACUCUCACCAGCAGUGACAGUUCAGACGAGUGUCCUUCCACUUCCUUUACUCCUGGCCCAAUGUAUAGGAGCAAGUCAAAAAAUCCAAAAGAACACAAGAAACCUGCUGAGGAUCUUGCUAAAUUGCCUAUGCUGGCUUCGAACUUGAGAUCCUCGUGCCUCAGACUCCCGAAUCGCUGGGAUUACAGGCGUGCGCCACCGCGCCCGACAACAAGUAUACACUGCUUACAGGUAUUCCGGAAGGACCUAAUCAGUGCCAUGAAAAUUCCAGAUUCUCAUCACGUCAAUCCUGACAGCUAUUACCUCUUUUCGGACACAUGGAAAGAAGAAUGGGAAAAGGGAGUCCAGGUACCAGCCAGUCCAGACAAUAUUCCACAGCCUUCUGUCAGGGUUAUAUCUGAGAAAGCAAAAGAGGUUCUCUUUGUUCGACCCCGAAAGUACAUCCGUUGCUCCAGCCCAGAGACUACAGAGCCUGGCUACAUCAACAUUCUGGAGUUGGCAGCAUCUACAUGCCGCUAUGACCUAGAUGACAUGGACAUCUUCUGGCUUCAGGAACUCAAUGAAGACCUCGUAGAAAUGGGUUAUGGGCCAGUUGAUGAGACCCUUAUGGAAAAGACAGUAGAAGUCCUGGAACGCCAUUGCCAUGAAAAUAUGAACCAUGCUAUUGAGACAGAGGAAGGGCUAGGCAUAGAGUAUGAUGAAGAUGUGAUCUGUGAUGUGUGCCGGUCUCCAGACAGUGAAGAAGGGAAUGAUAUGGUAUUCUGUGAUAAGUGUAACAUCUGUGUGCAUCAGGCCUGCUAUGGCAUCCUCAAGGUCCCAGAAGGCAGCUGGCUGUGUCGCUCCUGUGUCCUGGGCAUUCAUCCACAGUGUCUUCUAUGUCCAAAGAAAGGUGGAGCCAUGAAGACCACCAGAACAGGGACUAAAUGGGCUCAUGUCAGCUGUGCCCUGUGGAUUCCAGAGGUCAGCAUUGCUUGUCCCGAGAGGAUGGAACCAAUCACAAAGAUCUCCCACAUCCCACCCAGCCGGUGGGCCUUAGUUUGCAAUCUGUGCAAAGUGAAGAUAGGAGCUUGUAUUCAGUGCUCCGUGAAAAGCUGCAUCACUGCCUUCCAUGUCACCUGUGCCUUUGAGCACGGCCUAGAGAUGAAGACCAUCCUAGAUGAGGGGGACGAAGUUAAGUUCAAGUCAUACUGCCUCAAGCAUAGCCAAAACAGGCAGAAACUUGGGGAAGUCGAGUACCCCUACCACAGAGCUGCCGAGCAGAGCCAGGCCAAAAGUGAGAAAACCAGCCUGCGGGCACAGAAGCUUAGGGCGCUGGAAGAGGAGUUCUAUACUUUGGUACAAGUGGAAGAUGUGGCUGCCGAGCUUGGGAUGCCCAUAUUAACCGUGGACUUUAUCUAUAACUACUGGAAACUGAAACGCAAAAGCAACUUCAAUAAGCCAUUAUUUCCUCCGAAAGAAGAAGAAGAAAAUGGCCUAGUACAGCCAAAAGAGGAAAGCAUUCACACUCGCAUGAGAAUGUUCAUGCACCUGCGGCAAGACCUAGAGAGGGUCCGAAAUCUGUGCUACAUGAUAAGCAGACGAGAGAAGCUGAAACUGUCACACAACAAAAUACAAGAACAGAUCUUCGGUUUACAAGUCCAGCUUGUUAACCAAGAAAUUGCUGCAGGACUUCCUUUGACAAAUGCACUAGAAAACUCAUUGUUUUACCCACCGCCAAGAAUUACCUUAAAGUUAAAAAUGCCCAGAUCAACCCCGGAAGACUGCAAAAACAGCUCCACAGAGGCUGAUCACCGACCCUGCUCUCCUGGCAGUGGCUCCCCCAUUCACAGUAAAAAGAGCAUGCAGGUGCCUCAGGAGCCACUAGAAAUGAAAGUGAAAACCUAUCCAAGACAUCCACUAGAGAGCAAGAGUAACUGUUUGCUGGCCAGUCUCAGCCAUUCUCGGAGUGAAGCAAAAGAUUCCAGUCCUGCUUGGAGAGCUCCCUCUGCAGAGUUCUAUCAUGGGCAGUCACUGGGGAAACCUCUGGCCCUUCAGGCUGCCCUUCAUGAACAGUCUUCUGUUGGGAAUGGGAAAAGUCAGACUAACUCUAAGUUUGCCAAAUCCAAUGGUGUAGAGGGUGGCAAGUCUGGGAAUGUCACCCAAAAAGAUAGCUCAAGUGAGGAAUCCAUGCUUAGCUCCCACUUGGCCAGUCAGGGUAGCAUUAGAAAGUCCACUAUGGAACACUUUGGCAGGUCCUUUAAAGAGGCCACCAAUAGAUGGGUGAGGACCACUGAAGAUCUCCAAUGUUGUGUGAAGCCAACCAAGAAUGUGAGCCCAAAGGAGCAGUUUUGGGGUAGGCAGCUUCUCAGGCGAUCUGCAGGGAGAGCUUCAUAUCAGGAAAAUGAUGGAUAUUGCCCAGAUCUAGAGCUUAGUGAUUCUGAAGCAGAAAGUGAUGGAAAUAAAGAAAAGGCCAGGGUAAGAAGAGAUAGUUCAGACAGGGAAAAUCCUCCCCAUGAUUCUAGACGGGAUAGCCAUGGUAAAAGCAAGGCACAUCCUCUCUCCCAUAGUUCAAUGCAAAGGUGAUGAGAAACUAUCAAGUUUAACCCAAACAUUGCCUUUGCCCCAUAUUUGGGGGGAAAUCCAUACACCAAAAGGGUUCUAGCAUAAUAUUAGGAGGAAUUGCAGGGAAAAUUUAAGAAUUUUUUCCACAACAAAUUGACUUGCAGUUUUGGAAAAGGUUUCAACUCUAGUUUAUACAAGCACAUUUCAAGAAUUUCAGGUUGUCCAGAGGUUUGUUUGUCAGAAGCUAUUGGGAACAGUGGGUCCAGAGUAUUUGCUCAGUAAAUACUUGAGGGCAGCUUUCCAGAUACAUUAACAUGUUGAUGAGUCUAUAUACUAAGUCUUUGCAUUGUUAAUGGAUUUUCAAGAGACCAUGAUUAUCAGACACUAAAACUACUUAUCUUUCCAAACUACAGCAUGUGCGUUUCAGAGCUCCUGCCUGUAGAAAGUUUCUAACUCUGCUAAUGUCUCUAAACCCUCUUCAGGGGAGAGACCAGGAAACCAACAUUCUCAGAUACUGUCAGACUCACUACCCUCUUCCUUUGCUUUGUGCAAGGUUGAGUUCUUUUCACAGUAUCAUAACUUACUGAGUCGAUUCUCCUAAUGCUUACAAAUGUCCAGUGCCUGUUCCUAGACGUGCUUGUUGGGGACGCACUUAUAAUUCUCUUCACCCAGCUAACAAGCAUAAAAAAAGCUAACUUGUGGAUAGUGUUUACAAAAGUACAGAAGUACUACUUCCAAGAAAAAAAUGCUCUGAUUUCUCUCUGUUUAGGCAUUUGUGAAGGAUCCCAGAGCCUUUCCCAAAGUGAGACCAUUUCUGGGAUAUUUGUACCAGGUCAGGGUUUUGUGUUGUUUUCAAAUAAGUUUGACUAAAAUAAGUUUGGCUGACAGUUUUUGUAUACCUGCUUUAAUGUUUAUAAAAAUUUUUAUUGAGGUAUAAUUAAAAUAUAAUAAAAUGCACAGAGGUUAAGUAUUCUUACCUGCUUUAAUUUUGAAACAGAUUUUUAUUGUCAACAGAAUUUGAAAGCAUGUGUUUAACACAUGGAUAUAAUUUAGCUUUCUAUCAAUUUUGAAUCCAAGACAAUUUUCCAAACAAAAAGGCUGGAGUUGUUUUUUCAGAAGUUGCUUCUACCCUGUUCCCAAACUCAGCCUUGAUUAAUUUCUGGAGGAAGAGAAUAGUUACAUUUUGGGAGGAGGGGAUAAAACAUGUCUGCUUCCCAUUUAAGAAAGGGGGAAGAUGCCAUUUUUAAAAUGUGAAGCAGACUAAUUCUCAGCUCUCUUUUCUUCUUAGCCUUAAAUUGAUAUUCUCUUUCUUCUAGUUUGGGAAAGUAUAGUGGGAAGUUUCAGACAAAAGUGGCCAUUUUCAAUUUUUAAAGUUUCUUACUGGUGAAACAGUCCAGCUGCAGUAGGUGCCAGUCGGUGGAGGCAGGGGCCCUCUCUCCAUCAAUAUGGAAGACUCAGCAGUUUUCCUUUCCCCCACUUUUGUUCUUAAAGCCUUGUUAAUUGGUUCCUCUGCCUUUUGUUUUCGCUUUUUCUGAAAACUUCUGUAUUUUGCCUCUCCUUUGCCUACAUCUUCUAAAUGUUUCUUUUGUGCCUAUGUACAUGUGUGAACAUGCCAUAACAUAUGUGGUAGGUGUCCUAUAUUUUGUUUGAAUGGAAAAAUGAGGAAGAGAAUUUCCCUUAUUCAUGCACUGGGCUUCUGUGCUUUUUCUUUGAGUUCUCCUGGGGUGGACGUUAAUUUGACACUUUCAUGGUAACAAAAUUAUAAUAGAGCUGUGUUGUAAACUCCUUAUGUUAGAGGCCUGUGUCCUUUCCUACCUUUCCAUUCUGAAUGAGUGGAAGGAAAAGCAAACAUCAAAAUAGUGCUUCAGCCAAAUUCCAUAUGUAAUGCCAUAGGGAGAGUAUGGAGUAAAAUAUCAUUCCAGUCAGGGAAAUAAUAGUGGUAAUAUUUUUACAGGAUUUUCCUAGAUAAAUGAAGGAGCCUUCAGUUGUAUACAUUUCAAUUGCCCCAAAAUGCAUUUGCUACAUUUUGUUGUUGUUUCAAGUAUUACCUCUUAACCUUUGUUAAUUUUUUCAUUUUGUCUUAUAUAGUCCAGUUUUCAAGAUAAACUCAGUCUUUUUUCAAAUGUCACCUUUUUACCAAUACUUUUUCAUUAAAUUAUGAAAACUGUUAA